AUGCCACCCGCCGCCGCGAGAGCGCAAGCGGAGCUCCACAACCAAAAGAACAAACUUGCCAAUUCCUACAGCGAGCUUCUCAACGAAUUCAGCAGCAAGGACCUCCGUACUGUCGGCAACUACACUGUCGGCCGCCUGAUAGGCAAGGGCUCAUUCGGAAAGGUCUACCUCGCCUCGCACAAACUCAUCAAUGGCUCAAAGGUCGUACUCAAGUCGGCCAAANAGGACGACGCUAACCUCGCGCGUGAGAUCCACCACCACCGCCAAUUCCUCCACCCUCACAUCGCUCGCCUCUACGAAGUCAUAGUCACCGAGUCGCUAGUAUGGCUAGUUCUGGAAUGGUGUCCCGGAGACGAGUUGUACAACCACCUCCUCGAACACGGUCGCAUGGAAGAGAACAAGGUUCAGAAGAUCUUUACACAACUCGUUGGCGCAGUCUCAUAUGUCCACUCGAAAUCUUGCGUCCAUCGCGACUUGAAACUCGAAAACAUCCUCCUCGACAAGCACGGCAAUGUCAAGUUGGUCGACUUUGGCUUCACGCGCGAAUACCAGGGCACCACGAGCUACCUACAGACAUGGUGCGGCACCGUCUGCUACAGCGCACCAGAGAUGCUGAAAGGAGAAAAAUACGCUGGUGAAAAGGUGGACGUCUGGAGUCUGGGAAUCAUUCUAUACGCUCUGCUAUGUGGAGAAUUGCCGUUUGACGAAGACGACGAGAACGACACAAAACAGCGCAUCUUGAAGGAAGACCCAAAGUACCCAGAACACGUCCCUGAAGGCGCAAAGGAUCUUAUAUCGAAACUUCUGUCACGCCGUCCUCUUCUACGACCGCCGUUGGCCGAUGUCCUUCGUCACUCCUGGUUGCAAGAAUAUGCCCCGCAGCAACAGGAGAUUCUCAAAGUCUUGCAGCCGCCGCCGUUCAGCACCGAGGUCGAGAAGGCAACACUACAACGCAUGCGCAGUGCCGGUGUUAACAUUGACCACGUUAUUGAGAAUGUUCUGGGACAAAGAUGCGACCCUCUGGCUGGCUGGUGGGGUCUGCUGCUGGAGAAAGAGGAACGUAAAGAACGAAGACGGCUGCGGAAACGAAAAGAAAAAGAAGCAGAAGCGAGGAGUAUAAGACGGUUGAGUGCAUCCAGCAGUCGACUGUUGAAUGGGCCAAGCCUGAGAGAGAUUACUGAGGAAGAGCAAGCGCUACUAAGCAUAGUCUCACCAAAGACUAGAGGUCGCGGUGUGAGCAGGUCUAGCGCUGCACCUCCUGACUUACCCAGAGUCACCGAAGGCAAGACGCCGGAACCCGAAGAUCGACCACCACCGCCGGUGGAAAGGNAUCAGCGCCGUCGCUCGCUUUCCAUCACUUCAUCAAGUUGUGGUCCUGCUUUGCCGCCGAAGGAUACGCCCAGAAGACCGCGUGCUGCUAGCAGAGGCAGUUCUCAACUGCUACAAGUCAUACACACCAAGAACGACCUACUAGCCCCUCCACCAUUCCAUCAGAAACUACGCAAACGUCCGUUCAAAGACCAACUCGCUCAUCUCAAAUCUUGGUUCAAAGCGAGUAGUGGCAGGGCACACAAGAAGGACAGCCAGGAAAAUAUUGAGAUACAACUGGCGACUGCUCGUAAAGCUUCGAUGCCAUCGAGUCAACGCAGAGGUUCUGCUAACGAUCUUUUAACGGACCCGCGGAAAAGUCCAAGGCCUGACAUGCCUACACGCACAACAUAUCCUGUGCGUCCGCGAAUAUCCACCGCAUCGUCCUAUGGCUCUACUGGAUCCCGGACCCAUGUAGCAAAUAGGCCUUCUCUUUCACCAGGGCCAGUAACACCUCGGUCUUCAAUCUACCGUCGCAGCUCUGGCUUGCGAGGCAGAAAAUCAACCUCUUNNCGUCCGUCUCAUCUGUUCGCAGUAUCCACACCCACCACCACUCACUCUCACGCGCUUCCACCCACAUCUUCGAACUCGGUCGCUUCUCCAUCUCUCAGCACACAUUCCCGCGCUAUUUCAAGGUCACCUCAUACAAGCGGCAGUGUCGUAGUUCUGCCUCCUUCAACACCUACAUCCUCAGUCACCGGCACUUUCCCCUCUGGCAUACGGGUUGCCCGUCGCCCUCCACCUGGCAACCUUGGCUCUCUCCCCAGCUUGUCAACUCAAGCCCUCAACUCACCCAUGAGCUAUACUUUUGGCCCCGCAUCGCCCGGCAUGCAUCCCGUGUUUGCANAAAAGAAACGCAGCGUCUUCAAAGGCCCUAGUCUGGGCAACACACCCGGCGCACGGGGCCGAGGCUCCGGCAGCAACUCCAAUGACAACAGUCGCGGCACCAGCGCCCAAGGCCGGCGCAGCAACGAAAUCACCAUUGCCGAAGAAGACGAAGAGGAAGAAGAGCAACCAGAGCCCAAAGACUUUUUCUCCAGCAAACUUACCUUGCAAGACCAAGGGAUGCGCUUAGUAGAAGAAGACGAAGAAGAACUGGAAGUUGAGGAAGUGGAGAGUUUUUCUCCCAUCGAAGAAGAUAGGACUGCUUUUAUUGUUGAGGAAGAGGAAGAAGAAGAUCCAGAUGCUGAUGUUACUGUUAUACCGAAUUUAGAAGAGGAAGAGGCUGGGUUAUCGCCGACGUUGAGUAGGGAUGCUAAGACUAUCGCUGAGGAUGUUUUGAGUAGACAGGUUGUCAAGGGAGAUGAGGAGGGGGAUACCAGUCAGGGAUUGGGCAUUAGCGGUGCUGGCAAAUAA